AUGGUUUCCAGUCUAAACGAUCCAACUCUAAAUGACCCCUUCUAUCAUAAUUCAGACAAACCAGUCUCGUACUACGAUGUUUCUCACUUCGCGCGACUCCCCCAAGUAAUCACCAUGAGCCCCCUAACGGCCAUCCUCGAAGCAGUCGAUAUCUCCCACCUAUCCGUUCCCGAAUGGCCCCAAUUCGACUUCCGCGGCUUCGUUUUCGAGCUCGGAUAUAAGCGGUUUGUCGAUGCAAUCGACCGCAAGAACAAGGGCGUUACCCGCCGCCAAAUGGAGGCGCUUUGGUUGGCGAUGCUGAAGAAGAAGUAUGCGACUUGGGAUCCGCGGCCGAGUGACGAGGCGCAGCAAAGGCAGGUUAAUUAUAACAUUUGUAUAGGCUACAAGUGGGAUAUGAUGUACAAUGCGUUCUUGAUGAGAUCGGGUCAUUACAAUGAACGAUGGGCAGAUUAUGUUGAAAGUAUUGGAGAUGACAAGGGUGGAAGUAGAGCACAGAGUGCUAAGAAAGCCGAUUGGAUUGAGCCGUAUUGGCAGAAGAAAAGUAGGGAUUUUCCAGGCAUGGACAUUCGUUCAGUGGACGACAAUGUAUACACUGCCGUACCACCAACAGAAGAGAUAGUGGCCAGCACAUCGAGUCCAUCGGCAGAAAAGCUCAACAACGUCGCGCCCACAGCAGCACAAAUGGCGGCCAAGAAAGACAAACUCCGCGCUUUCAUUGAUGCUGGUGGCAUUCAAGAUGGUCUGCAUGGAUUAAAUGAUUUCUUUGCAGCCGGUGGUUUUGGUAGAGCUGCUGAGGAAGAGCCCAAGCAAGCUUCACAGGGUCUUGGUGUUAUCAUGACGGAGUUGGACAAGGAUGUCGCUGGAUUGGAUAUCACGGAGAAGAAGAGAAAGAGAAAGAAUCGGGGAAAGAAGAAGAGAGAGGCUGUAGAGAAAAAGAGGAAGCUGGCAGAAGAGGAGAAGGCGAAAGAAGCAGAGAAGAAGAAGAAGGGGAAGGGAGUAGCUGUAGAUGAUGAUGGUGAUGAGGAGUUCAGUGAGCCGUGGGUUCCCUGGUCGUAUAAGGAGGUUGACCCGGCGCUUCUUGAUGAUGGUGCUAUAGAUGAGUAA